CCAGGCACAGCACCAUGGCCAGCAAGGGUCCGGAGGGCGAGCACCCAUCCGUGACUCUCUUCCGCCAGUACCUGCGCAUCCACACGGUCCAGCCCGAGCCUGACUAUGGGGCUGCUGUGGCUUUCCUUGAGGAGAGAGCUCAUCAGCUGGGCCUGGACUGUCAGAAAGUGGAGGUGGCACCUGGCCGUGUGGUUACUGUGCUGACCUGGCCAGGUACCAACCCCACGCUCUCCUCCCUCUUGCUCAAUUCCCAUACUGAUGUGGUGCCUGUCUUCAAGGAGCACUGGAGUCAUGACCCAUUUGAGGCCUUCAAGGAUGCUGAGGGCUACAUCUACGCCAGGGGUGCCCAGGACAUGAAAUGUGUCAGCAUUCAGUAUCUGGAGGCUGUGAGAAGGCUGAAGGCUGAGGGCCACCGUUUCCCCAGAACUAUUCAUAUGACCUUUGUGCCAGAUGAGGAGAUUGGGGGUCACCAAGGCAUGGAGCUGUUUGUGCAACAGCCUGAAUUUCAGGCCUUGAAGGCUGGCUUCGCCUUGGAUGAGGGCCUGGCAAACCCCACUGACGCCUUCACUGUCUUUUACAGUGAGCGGAGCCCUUGGUGGGUGCGGAUCACAAGUACUGGGAAGCCUGGUCACGGUUCGCGCUUCAUUGAGGACACAGCAGCAGAGAAGCUGCACAACGUUGUGAGCUCGAUCCUGGCCUUUCGGGAGAAGGAGAGGCAGAGGCUGCAAUCAAAUCCCCAUUUGACGCUGGGGGCCGUGACUUCUGUGAACCUGACUAAGCUAGAGGGUGGUGUGGCCUAUAAUGUGGUACCUGCCACCAUGAGUGCCAGCUUUGACUUCCGUGUGGCACCUGAUGUGGACCUGAAGGCCUUCGAGGAGCAGCUCCAGGGCUGGUGCCAGGCAGCUGGUGAGGGGGUCACCUUCGAGUUUGCUCAGAAAUGGACGUCACCCCAGGUGACACGUACUGACAACUCAGAUCCCUGGUGGGAAGCGUUUAGCAGAGUCUUCAAGGACAUGAACCUCACUUUGGAGCCCCAGAUCUUCCCUGCUGCCACUGACAGCCGCUAUCUCCGUGCAGUGGGGGUUCCAGCACUGGGCUUUUCACCCAUCAACCACACACCUGUGCUGCUGCACGACCAUGAUGAACGGCUGCACGAGGCCGUGUUCCUCCGUGGGGUUGACAUAUACACCCGCCUGCUGCCUGCCCUGGCCAGCAUCCCUGCCCUGCCCUGUGAUAGCUGA